AAUGGCUGGAUGGAAAGGCGGAGGGGGAGGGACGGUCGGCCACUCCAAAGCGAAGGGACAGUCCUUGCCGUGGGCUUGCUGCCCGUCAGGGGGGCGCUAGCCGCCGGGCCCCUCGGCGGGCUGUGUCUGCGCCUCCUUCCCUUUCGCCUCGCGUGCUCUCGCAGGCAUGACUGGCAUUCUGAUGUGCGCUGCCGGGCUGCCCGUGUGCCUGACCCGGGCCCCAAAGCCCAUCCUGCACCCGCCGCCUGUGAGCAAGGGUGACAUCAGGCCGGUACCAGGGAUCAACGGCAUCUGCAGAAAAACCAAGAAGAAGCACCUGAAGAAGAGCAAGAACCCCGAGGACGUAGUGCGCCGGUACAGCCAGAAGGUGAAGAGCCCGCCUGACGAGGACUGCACCAUCUGCAUGGAGAGGCUGGUGACCUCGUCGGGCUACGAGGGCUUGCUCAGCCACAGGGGUGCCAAGCCGGAGCUGGUGGGCAAGCUGGGCAAGUGCGGGCACAUGUACCAUCUCCUCUGCCUCGUGGCCAUGUACAACAACGGCAACAAGGACGGCAGUCUGCAGUGCCCCACCUGCAAGGCCAUCUACGGGGAGAAGACGGGGACCCAGCCCCCCGGGAAGAUGGAGUUCCACCUCAUCCCUCACUCGCUGCCAGGCUACACGGAGUCCAAAACCAUCCGCAUCGUCUACGACAUCCCCACGGGGAUCCAGGGCCCAGAGCACCCGACUCCAGGGAAGAAGUUCACGGCCCGAGGCUUCCCCCGGCACUGCUACCUACCCGACAACGAGAAGGGCAGGAAGGUUCUGAGACUCCUGAUUGUGGCAUGGGAUCGCCGGCUCAUCUUCACCAUCGGCACGUCCAGCACGACGGGAGAGUGCGACACUGUGGUGUGGAACGAGAUCCACCACAAGACAGAAUUUGGAUCCAACCUCACCGGCCACGGCUACCCCGACCCCAAUUACCUGGACAACGUCCUGGCAGAGCUAAUGGCCCAGGGGGUCUCGGAAGCCAAUCUGAAGGACUGAGGACGCCUCCGCUCUCUGCUAGCCUGCUUCUCGGCAGCCACCCCCACCUGCAUCCGUGCGCGCUCACGAGGUCGUUCUCCACAUCGCCACGCCCGGGAGCCGCCCGCCUUCCCCGAGCUCGCUCUGCCGCCGCCUUGACCUCCAGCAGCCUUCUGGCUGCAGCGCUGGAUUGGCUGGGCCCCUCCACCCAGCGCGCUAGGCUGGCCCUGACACGCCGUGGGCCAGCGGCAGCCACACAAAGCGGGGCUGGCCGUUUUAUACUCUCGUGAGCUGUGAUUGUUCCCGUCAGAGACCCCAGCGCCCCACAGAGCUGUCUCUGUGCAGUUUGUCACCCACUAGAGCACCU